CAAAACAUCUUCAUCAUGGCGUAUAAAGCAGCACAUUUGGCCUUCAAGUCGCGCUGGCACAAGACCGACGAAGAACUCUGUCGCCACAGCAUGUCCUUUGUCUUGCACAAGGCCAUCCAAAAUGACUUCUUUAAGUGUUACCUUUAUCUGCUGGAGAAGCUUCCCCUGGUGAAACUUUAUGCUUUGACAAGUCAAGUCAUCAAUGGGGAGAUGCAGUUCUACGCCAGGGCCAAGCACUUCUACCGGGAUGUGCCAGCCACGGAAGAGGGAAUGAUGGGAGACUACAUCGAGCUCUCCAACACAGACGUUGAAUCCUCCAGGGAAUUUCUCAGGAAGUUUGUUGGGGGGGUGGGGAAGGCCGGCACCAACCGCGCCCUGGACUGCGGCUCUGGGAUAGGUCGUAUCAGCAAACACGUCCUGCUGCCGGUUUUCAAGAGCGUGGAACUGGUGGAUAUGAUGGAGAAUUUCCUGGCCGAGGUCCCGAACUACCUGCAGGGCAAGGAGGACAGAGUAGAGAUGUAUUAUUGCAAAAGCCUCCAGGAAUUCACUCCAGCCCCACAGAGAUACGACGUCAUCUGGAUUCAGUGGGUUUCAGGAUAUCUGACAGAUAAAGAUCUCCUGGAGUUUCUCAUCCGGUGCCAGAAUGGCUUGAAGGCUAAUGGUGUUAUCAUUCUCAAGGACAAUGUAGCCAGGGAGGGCUGUACCCUGGAUUGCCUGGACAGCAGCGUGAUCCGAGACCUGAACAUCCUCCACAGCCUCAUUGAAAUGAGCGGGCUCACCAUCCUGCGGGAGGAGAGGCAGGAGGGAUUCCCUGAGCAGUGUGUCCCUGUCUGGAUGUUGGCCAUGCAGAAAGGCCCUGGCCAUUCCUGAUUGCCUAGUGGAACUGCAGAGACUGGACUAUGGGUGAACCACUGGACUGGGAAGAAGAAAAGCAUCUGUUGGAAUACUCCUAACCAUGCACUGCUGCUGCUGCAGCUCUAGGGCAGCAACUCCUGAAGGGUCAGGAGAGAAUUACAAUGGAGUCAGCUUCUCCAGGGAAUUGUCUGCUUCUGAAUCCUGCCCGCUUCGUCAUUCUUUCCAUUUUUAAAAGUCUUUCUAACAGCUCCUUGUUGGAUCUCUCUUUCAUUAAGGAGUCAAUACUGGAUAAAACUUAACUAGUAGAAAAUAAUUAGGUCUGAAUUUUCUGUAGUUGCUAAUACAUUUUGGAGUGUUCUGUAUGAGGUGUUAAAUAAGCCUGGUUUUUACUAUAGCACUUAAAUCUUCUUGGAAUUUAAGAGGGUUGUGUCAGAUCACUGAAGCAGGAAAUUCAAAUAACUUCUUGGAAAACUGAACCCAAAUUUUGACUGUUCUCACUGUCUGUACUUUAAAAUAUUUAAACCAAAAAUCUAAGGGAAGUUUUAUCUUUUUGUUGGCAUCAGCUAUGCAGUUAAUUUAUUUUUUUCAUUUCUGUCAAUUUGGACAAUAAACCAACCUGGUUAAUUUUCCAUUUUCAGGAA